AUGGCUUAUAAUGCGACGAACCAAAGUUUUACCGGCAGCCCUAACGGCUUUGACUGGACCGUGCCGGCGUUAACGCGCUGCAGUAUGUGCGUAAUCCAGACGCUCCUUAACGCAGCUAUGAUCGUCGCUUUCAUUGUCCGUCGCGAACUGCGCACCUCCUUUACCAUCUACCUAAUGUUCCUCUUCUGCGCCAACAUCAUCUACGCCCUCGGCGGCUACCCGCUAGAAGUGCUGCGCCAGGGUUUUCCGAAUCGCUGGUUCCUGUCGCAUGCCGCCUGCGCCUUCUACAUCUACCAGGUGUGGGUGUUCUGUCCGGUAGCGAUGCACUUGCACGUCUUAAUCACACUGAACCGUCUCUGGGCCAUCUCCUUCCCGGUCUCAUACAAGAACAUCCAUUCCGAGAAAGUGGCGGUGUUGAUAUGCGCGGGAACUUUCGUCUACGUCCAUCUGGUAUGUCUGCCGUUAGUGGUGCUGGAUCUAAAGUACCACCAUUUAUCGGACGAGCGUUAUGGGUGCAUGUUGAACACCGCUGCCCAGAACGUCUACACGACAGUGGUCGCCAUUGUCAGCACGGAUGUGCCCAUUGUGGUGGUGGUCGGAGCGUAUCCGUUUCUGUGGUACAAACACUUGAAGCGGAAAAAGAUCGGCACAGCAAAACCGUCGCGGGUGGAAGUACACCAGACUGUGGGUGCUGCAACCGGCGUUGUAUCAGCUAUCGAACCGCCUGCAGUUGUACCGAAUGUUUUGAAGCGCAAGUCGGCGUUCAGGAGAAUCGAAGCGUCAUCCGCGCGUCCGUUUGUCGUGCUGACACUGUUGACAGUUAGCGUGUUGGUGUGCUGGACGCCGGAUCAGGUAAUGUGGACCAUGAGUUGCUUCAAUGCCGCCAACGAUGCCCCCGGUCUGCGUUACACAACCAGUGUCCUCUUUACUCUGCAAGCAGCACUCGAUCCUAUUCUGUUCGCCCUUUCCCUCAGGACUUUUCGGAAGAUGUUGUCACGGCUGAUCUGCUGCUGCAAAAGAGGAGUAAACGAACAGCCACGUGGGGUGAAAACAGUGAUCAGUUUGACGCAAAGAGAUGAACAAUAA